CAAGUGCGCGUUUAUUUAGUGAUGAAUAAAAAAUAUUAAUUUUUGGAUGAAUUGUGAUAUAAAUUUUGAACUUUAGAUUGUUCGAAAGACUAAUUUUAAUACCAUUGAGUAUUGCGUAUAAGUGUUACAAAAUCAACACGCACCGUUUCUUGUUAGAUUGAUCAUUGAUUUCAAAAUGGCGACCGGACUCUGAGUGUGUUUAUAGAUAGACGCGAUGGCAUGUGUGUUCAAAGUAGGCUAAAAAUAGAGGACUUGCAUAAAGCUAGUUGCAUAAAUUGUGAUGAACAAUGUCCAACACAGUGAUUACUAACUAUACGGACCUGAAUGGGCCAUCAACAAAAACUGAUAGUUCGGUAGUUGUUAUUGUAAACAAGGAUGGAUCCUUGUCAGUGGACCAAAAUUUAUUGGAUACCCUUAUGGGUACGGAUGGAUCUCAAGCAGCUGGUAUAAGUGUGGUGCGAGUGGGUCAUGAAGGAAAACCAGAUGAUGCUACUGAUUCAGAAAAUGAGGAUGAAAAAAUUCCCCAUGUUACGUUGUCUGUAGACAGCUAUUAUGAUGAGCCAGACAGCAUUAUAAAAUAUGACAGCGGAGCAGAAAUGUUACAGUCCUUAAGAAUAGAAACAAGGGAAAAUAGCUUAGUGGGAUUCCAAAAUGACCAUUGCUAUACACCACUUAAGUCACCAAGCCAGACAAUACCCCAGAGAAGUGAACAAUUUAAAUUUGAUGACCCUGUAAUCGAAAUAACACAUACACCACCACCAAAACCAGUUACUCCAAAAAAGAUCACUAUUUUAGAGCAAAAAAUAAUACCUAAAGGUAAAAAGAUUGUCUUAAAUACAACAGAGCCUUCUAUUAUUCUUAAAAGUAAUGAUAUAUUGACUAAGCCACUACCUGUAUUUACAAAGUCUAAAGUUUUAAAUGAGGUGGAAAAGCCACCUGCGGUUGAAGAAAAUACAGAAUCGUCAUCAAUUAGUUCUUCAGGCGACAGUACAGCUGAUAGAGAUUCAGAUUCUGAUUACAAAGAAACAAAGGAAAAAACAGCCACAUUAAAACCAAAAAAGCCUAAAUCAAAACCUAGGAUAUUAAAAAGUGCUACAAAAAUUGUUAAGACAGAUUUUAAAUUAGCACCAAAGCUAAAAAUUAAUAAAACCAUAUUAAAAAAAGAUAUUAAAGAAAAACUUUUAAGUAAGAACCCAUACUUAGAGAAGAAGCAAUUGGAUUUAGAUAAUUUGAUUCCUGCUACAACAGUAACAGCAACAUCAGUUACUUCUUCAGAUCCAAGUAAGCUUGCACCAAAAUUGACGCCGAAAGUUAUUAAAAAAGAUAAAAAAACGCCAGCACAUAUGUCAGCCCUGUUGACAGAUAUGACAUCAUUAUUUUCCACACCAGAUGUUAUUAGGAGAGUUUCAACAGAAAAUAAAGUGCCAAGCAAAACAGACAAAGAAACUGUACAAUCAACUAGGAAAUCUAUUGAUAGUAGUAAACCAGAAUUCAAUGAAGAAAAACCAAUCUCUCAAAUAGUUUCCUCGGUAACUACAGAGGAAACAAAACCACCGCAAAAAACAUACCUAAGACAGAUUAAAAUUGGGCCCAACAUUGCUGAAAAAUCUAGAGGUUAUGACCCAAUGCCCCAACUGGAUGAUGCAAGCUUAGCUCAAAUAUUGCAGGACAAUACACCACAACCAAUGAAGGUAGUGCCAAGCAUAUCUUCUGCUAACAUAAUUAAUAGUCCCGGAUUGGCAGGUCCACUCUCCCCAACAUUAGAUUUACUAGCCGGUCUACAACCUGAAGAAGAUGGGUUAACUGAAGAUUUGCUGAUGCAUGUUGCUCAAUUGGUAGAGAGUUCUGAAAAUUUGCAAGAAGUAAUAGACAAACAGGUCUUAGGCAAAGUGGAAACUCCUGCAAAAGUUCCCGAACAACAACCUUACCAACAAGCUCAGACACCUAGUAAUCCUUACACAUUACCAAUAAAAACUGUCAAAAGUAUAAUUCCCCGUAAAGAUCCUAUAGAGAUAGUUCGUAGGGAUGGGAGAGUCAUUACAUUGCCACCUAUAGAAGCACCAGCUACAAGAUCAUCUAAGAGGAAAAACCAGCUUGAUACAUCAAAUACAGAAGAGAGUGCAGUUAUUGCACCAACUACACCUACUUAUCCAAUUGUAGUAACUCCAGAACCAAUAGUACAGCAUAUUUCCAAGCAGUACUCAAAUAAGAAAUUGUUAAAUAAAAAGCCAGAACCUAUAGUACCGGCUGCACCUGUUGAGAAAAUUACUGCAGAAUCACAAGAAAGUUGGAAUUCAGAAGAUGAUCCCAAUAGGAUAUGGUGCAUAUGCAAGCAGCCACACAACAAUAGAUUUAUGAUAUGCUGUGAUGCAUGUGAGGACUGGUUCCACGGAAAAUGUGUAAACAUCACAAAAGCCAUGGGGCAACAGAUGGAGGAGCAAGGGAUUGAGUGGAGGUGCCCCAAUUGUGUUAAGAAAACCCCUUCUGCAAAGAAUAUUGUUAACAAGGUUCCCACAAUGGCAAAGGAUAACGCUGGAGUAAGUACUUCACAACCUGCUAUCACAAAAGAAUUAACCACAAAAACUACUUGCAUUGUUUGUAAGAAACCUGCACGUGCUAGUAGCAUUUACUGCAGCGAUGCAUGCAUACUCAAACACGCCCAAGACUCACUCGGCAGUCAGUCUGCCUCCAAAACUGACACUUCCAGUGGCAAGCCACUUGAGAAAUCAAACUCUGAAUCCAGGGUUAUUGUUUAUGAAAGAAAAUCUGGAAGACUCCUCGCAGGACCUAAUGCUCCCACAGCUGAAAACCUUAAAAUUUGGCUCCAAAAGAAUCCGACAUUCGAAGUUGUUCGUCCUGGUACGCUGUCCGCUAUCAAACCCAAUGUUAUACGAAAGAAACCGUCACUUGAGACAAAUAAAAUUCAAACUACACUCAACUUUGCAAGAAUUCCUAGGAAGUCUGCCGCCGAACAGUCGCCACUUUCUCCGCAAAUUAAAACUCCUCAACCCGAACCUAAAGAAAAAAUGUUAAAGUCUCUGCUUCCAUCGCCUAGAGAAGAAGUUAAAACAACACCAAGGCCUAAAACUCCAGUCACACCAAAACCCCAGCAGCAACAAUUGUGUGAAACUCCAAAGUCUUCCAACAAAGUCGCGAGUGAACCUAAGAAACUAGUUCGCUCAACAUUAAGUAGAUCACAGUCAUUGACAGAAAAGCCACCGGCAGUAUCGCCGUCCACUUCGAGACGAAAGGACUCUUCGGAAAGGAAACCCAGAAUGAGUUCAGAGGAUCCCAUCCGCGAUAAUGUGAAGAAAUCGUUACAAGAACAAAUCUCAAUACGAAUGGCUGAAAGCGAUGGUUCGAAAUUCACAGAAGAGGAAAUUCAACAGUUUGCGUUCGAAACUGAGCUUGAACUGCAUGAACUGUUUAAUCGAGAUGUUGGGAUGAAGUAUAAAGCCAAAUACAGAUCGCUCAUGUUCAAUAUUAAGGACCGUAAAAACUUGUCAUUGUGGGAAAAGAUUCGUAAACGUGUAAUAACACCUAAGCAAUUGGUAAGACUAUCGCCGGAAGAAUUGGCGAGUCAAGAAUUAGCCGAAUGGCGAGACCAACAGGAAAAACAUCAAUUGGAAUUAAUCAAGAAAUCUGAAAUCGAUCUUUUAGCUGCGAGCAAAACAUAUGUAUUGAAAACGCAUAAGGGAGAGGAGGUAAUGCAAACAAAAGAAUCCGUAUCAACUGAAUUAGAUCCAAACGUACCAGUGGAAGAUUUGGUUUCAGCACUAAACGACGCCGUCGGUGAUGGUUUACCACCUGAUAGUACGGCCCAGACAGAAGAACCGUCUAAAAAAGAUACAGCACACAAAAAACACGGCAUCGGCAAGAAAAAAGACAAACAAGAAAACGGAAACAGUUCAAAGAAGAAAGAAAAAAGAGAAUUAGAAAAGAAGAAAUCCCGUUCAUCACGUCGAAAAUCGGAACUUAAGGAAAAGGAGCGACGGUCCUCACGCAGAGCUGAAAGAAAAAUAAGUCGGUCAAGGUCAAAGUCGAAAGAGAAACUCAAGACUGAAGUUACAAAGGAAAAAGCUCGCGAUCGUUCACGUUCAAGACAAAGGUCCCGAUCGAGAGCUAAAUCGAAGAGACGGUCAAGAGAACAUUCCAGGUCUAACUCAAGAAGCAGAGCCAGGUCGCGGUCAUUGCGUAGAUCUUCUCGUCGCUCCACAUCAAAAGACAGUGUGAAGCGGAGAGUUUCGAGAGAAGAGAUCUCUCGUUCUAAGCGACGACGUAGUUCCGAUGAAAAGUCAAAACUUCGCUCCCGGUCGCAGGAGCCCGUAUACAUUAAAAGCAAAAAUGAUUCCACAGAUUCAGAUUCAAUAGAAAGACCAAAGUCUGCCAUGAUGAAGGAAAUACAUCCCGAAUACGAUCCUCACGAGCCUAUGAUAACUUCUGCAUUUUCUGAAGAGGAUUUGAGGAAAUCUCGUGAAGAUGUGUACGAUGAUAGUUAUAAGAAUGAAGUAUCUGAAUAUGGUAACGUUGAUUAUGAUGCAGCGAAGUCGUUCUCAAUAAACACUAAUGAAGGAAAUGUGACCUUAUCUCCGCCUCAAUAUUUAGAAAAACAAGACAAAAUAUCUGCAGAAGCUGAGAGUGACCAAGAGCCAACAAGCACUGUGGAACAUUCAGCAGCAACAGUGUGGAAUGGUUGUAUCAACAUGGUUGAUGUGGCUAGAUUCUACGUAGCGGCACAUGAGGUAUCCGGCAACGCUUUAGAUCUUGAAGACGAUCUCUCACCAGAAUUGGACAUAGUGGGUAGGAUAAACCCCGACACAGUUUGGGACUACAUCAGUAAGAUGAAACGGGCUAGCAAUAAGGACAUAGUUAUUUUAAAGCUGCAAGCUGCAAAUGACGAGGAAAAAAUGCAAUACAUUGCAUUGUACAGUUACCUCAGUAGUCGUAACAGGCUGGGUGUAGUAAAAGUAUCAAAUACGGCGACGAUCAAAGACUUGUACAUAGUACCGGCGCCCGCGAACACCCCACUACCGUCCGUGUUGUUGCCGCUAGACGGGCCCGGUGUCGGAGAGCUCAAGACACACCUGCUCAUCGCCAUCAUCAUUCGGCAGAGGAAGAAGCGGGCCGCCGCGUCGUUACCCAAAGAUAUCGUACCGGCUAAGGUGGCACGCGAGUCCCGCAAAAAGUCGUACACGCCUCCGUUGUCACCGCGACGGCGAGCCCUGCCACUACCGACCUACACCACACCCGCACUCUCCAACUCCGUUAUGGAUAAAAUUGCUGCUUCAUUAGCGGCGGCGGAUGUGGAGGAGGCGUACAGCCCGGGCUCGUCGUCGGGCAGUAGUAGCGCACCGGACACGCUGCGCAACAAGAUGGAGGAGCUCAACCGCCAGAUCGAAGAGCAGAAACAGCAGAUACUGAAGAUGGCGCAGGCGGACUCCUCCGGCGGCGGAGAGAACGAGGCGUAUUCCCCAUCGCGACCGAUCACUCCGCCGUCCCCAGUCGUCCCCUUAGCAGAUAUUGCACUACCAUCAAAUCUUCAAGAAAUUCUUGCCACCAUCAAGCAACGCUCCGAAUCAAAUGCAGAUGUCUUAUCAAGUACAGAUGUCGACAUGCGUACAUUACCACCAUUACCGUAAUCUUCGUACAAACUUUCUCUUCAACAAUAAAUCAUCUUAUGCAGUACAGAAUAGUAGUAGUUAUAAAGUAGCUUUAUUAUACAUUACAAAAAAUACCAUUACCAUAAUGUUAUAAAAAUUUCAUUUUUUUUGAAAUGUUCAUUAUUUGUGUAUAUGGUAUUAAAUAAUGAAAGAUUGAGAAUAUGCCAAGCAUAUUGCUGUAGUAGAUACUUGGAUUGAAUUGUGUGCAAUAGGCAGUGUAAUAAGUUUUAUCAUAAGUAUGCAUGAUUGUCAGCAAGUUAUACACAAGUGUUAUUUUUAAAUUCACAAUACACUUUAAUAUUUCCAAGUUAGGUAUUUGUGUAGUAUAUAAUUACAUUAUGAAUUACUAUGUGUCUUCAUAUAGAGUUGUUUCAUAUAUUGUACAAAAUUAGACUUAAUACUUUUAAAAUAUGAAUUAUUGAAACCCUUUAU